AUGGCGACCAGCGUGGCGUGGGCGUGGCUGGGCGACAUGGAGAUGGACGACGCACUGCUUGGCAUUGGUGCUGCAGGGGUCUUCCAGCCAGGCCCGCCGCUGGCAAUAGGCUUCCUGGUGAACGCCGCGCACUGCGCCGACCAGGGAUCGCCGAUGGGAGCGUCGGCAAUGUACAGGGAGAAGCGGGCCUUCCUGGACGCCCUGUUCUGCGGCAGCUUCCACGCCGUCCUCGACGGCUACGCCUCGGCCGGCCCGGCGCGGGGCUGGGUCGGCGGCCUGGCCGCGGAGCAGCUCUCCGCGCCGCUGGGCGCCGCGUGUGGGCUCCAGGAUGGGUUGCAGGGUUUCCUGGGGAGCCUGGCAGCUGCUAGUCCUCAGCAGCUGCAUUUGCUGAUAUCUGGGCCGCUUCUGGGGCGCGGCCGUGAGAUCUUCCAGGGCCUCGCGGAGAGCCUGCUCGCAGAAGAAGGUGUCGCUCAGGGGCGGCCGCGGGUAAUCCUGUGGAUGUACGCGGGCAGCUUCAACCUGGCUCAUUCAUCGGAGGAAGAUCGCCUUGCCCUGCGCCGUUUCGCUGAGGAGCAUGCAUCCACGGUGACAGUGGUGGAGACGACCCUGAAGUCGGGCGCAUGGCUGUGCCACCCCUCCGCGCCUUUCUGGGGCGACUCGUGCCCCACCGCCUGGUCGGUGGAGGCUGCGCAGGCGAACCCCAUCGGUUUCGACAUCAGCACGGACAUCCAGAGCGUGAACAUCUUCUUGGAAGGCUACUCCUCGCAGCAGCCGGGCACGAGCUCUGGCCGGGGCCUGCGCUGGCUCUUCGGGCGCCUCGCGCAAGAUGCGGCGGACGAGGGCGCAGCGCCCGAGAACCUGCGGCGCCUGCAGCAGGAGCUGGAGGCGCGCUCGCUCGUCACCAACCUGAUGAAGAUGGUGAACCCAGACAGCUCCUCCUUUCGAGGGGGCGAGAACAGCAUGGACAUAUACACUUUCGAAGUUCCGCGCGGAUUUCUCGGAUCGGCGCUUGGACCCCCUUGGCGGCGCCUCCGGCGCCCUUCCUGGUGCGCUCCGCGCUCACCAGGGAGGGGGCCCAUCACCGAUAGCCAAGAAAUCCGUGCGGACCUUCGAACGUUUAUGUUUAUGCAGUUGUUGCUUCUUCUAUACAUGGGGAAGGUGCGAGAGGCCAUUGCAGUGUCGCAAGGGGAGCUCGAGAAGAGCUUCGGGCGCGCCAAGGAGCUGGCUGAAGGCCUGACCUGCACCGCCCCCUCGGCGGAGGCCCUGGAGGCCGCGACCGUGGCGGCGCAGGCGUAUGCCGAGCUCUACCGCGGGGCGCUGGGCGACUUCGUCGAGGCCGGGUGCGCGGAGUUCUUCCCCCCCGAGAAGCCCUACAGCGGCCCACGCCUGGACAAGCGGUGCAUCCUGAGGUGCAUGGCGCGGGGUCAGCUGCAGGGCGGCCCGACGGCGGACCUGCUGGUCCUGCUGGCGCUGCUGCUGCACGCCGGGAGCGUUGGCGGCAGCGGGGCCGGCGCGGACCAGGGCAAGGACGAGGCGUGCACAAUGUGGAGCGUGCUGGGCGCAUGCCUGCCGAGCUCCCGCACGCAGCAGGGGGGCGCCAGGCCGCUCCCGGCCGCCACGGCGGACCUCUUCGUGCUGCGGCCGGGCUCGGCGUCGAGCUCGGCCUGGACCGCCGUGCUCAGGCCAGGCACGGCCAUGGACGGGGCGCUCAAGAGGAACCUGGCGCCCCUGGUAGACCGUGCCAUCGACGCCAUGGUUCUCGGGGCUGCCCUCCUCCGCGCCGGGGGCGCCUCGGGGCCCGCAGGCGCCGCGCCGUGGGGCCCUCGUCAUGCGGCCUGGCCCGCGUAA